AUGGCGAACCUAAUCUCUGCUUUCUUCUCUUCGCCUCUGGCAGUCUUCAGCGCAGCCUUCCUCCUGCGUGCCAUCCUGCUCGUGUAUGGGCUCUGGCAAGACGCCAACUCGCCGCUGAAGUACACGGACAUCGACUACCUGGUUUUCACGGACGCAGCCCGCUUCACCUUUUCUGACCCGCACAGCUCGCCCUACGCCCGGGAGACCUACCGCUACACGCCCCUGUUGGCCUGGAUCCUGUAUCCGACGACGCUGCCGGGCACCUUCUGGUUCUCGUCAGGCAAGAUCCUGUUCGCGGCCGCGGACCUGGCUGCCGGCUGGCUCAUCGUGCGCGUCCUGCAGAGGCACAUGGCCAUGGCGACGGCCCCCGCGCUCAAGUACGCGAGCAUCUGGCUGCUGAACCCGAUGGUGGCGACCAUCUCGACGCGGGGCAGCUCCGAGGGCCUGCUGGGCGUGUUGGUCAUGGCGCUGCUGUACGCGGUGCUGGAAAGACGCGUGGCGGCCGCGGGCCUGCUCCUGGGCUUCGGCGUGCACUUUAAGAUCUACCCGUUCAUCUACGCGCCGGCGAUCGUGUGGUGGAUGGACGCCGAGCGGAUGGGAGGCCGGAUAAUCGCUGUUGGCAGUAGCAGCAGCAGAUCGCUGAUCGGGCGUUUCGUGACGCCGGAGCGCGUCCGCCUCGCCGUGGUCAGCCUGGCGACAUUUGCGGCGCUCAAUGUCUGGAUGUAUGCGCUGUACGGACACGAUUUCCUCCAGCACACGUUCCUGCACCACGUGACGCGAAUCGAUCAUCGGCAUAACUUUAGCCCCUACAAUAUUCUGCUGUACCUGGCCUCGGCUCAGCCGUACGUGAGCGGGAUGAGCAGUGCCAACUUCCUGGGUCUCAAAAUCGAGAGCGUAGCGUUUGUACCGCAGCUCCUGUUGAGCUGCGUCCUGAUUCCACUCGUGGGCGCCAAGAAAGACCUACCGGCCACCAUGCUUGCGCAGACUUUUGCAUUCGUGACCUUCAACAAAGUGUGUACUAGUCAGUACUUCCUUUGGUAUAUGGUUUUCCUGCCACUAUACCUGCCCAACUCGGCACUGGUGCGCCAACCCGCUUUGGGGGUGGCAUCCCUCACACUCUGGGUUGCGGGGCAGGGCCUCUGGUUACAGCAAGGUUACAACCUUGAGUUUCUUGGGCAGAGCACGUUUGUGCCUGGGUUGUUCUACGCAUCACUAAUAUUUUUCCUGGUAAAUUGCUUGUUGUUGGGCAUAAUCAUUGGGGAUUUCGAACGGUUACACCCGUCCAGCAAUAGGUCCAAAGGAGCACAGGAGGUUGCGCACGUAAAAUAG